CCACGCCCACCACUUGGCGAAGAGGAGCAGAGCACCUGAGCAGUCUACUCAGUACCAGUCAGCCAUGCCGCCAUCGCGAGACCAAAUUUACUGCUGCAUCUGCGGAGCCCCAACGAUUGAUCCAGGCUACUGGACGCCCGACUGGCCACGAAAAAAAUGGCUCACGGAUAUUAUCCUUUUGACCUCAGCGCACGUUACACGCGAGCAGACCGAGGAACUGGACGAGUACUACCGAGCUCGCCCCCGAGCUCGCCCAUUUGUAGAAUACGCGCCUAGUCUUGGCCCUGCUGCACCCCCGGACUCACCGCAGCGCUGCGUGCGACUCGAAGCGACGCACAAGGACUACGGAUUGUUCACCCUGCCGUCGGGUGAAGAAGUCGUUCCGCUCUAUGUGGAGUAUCGUCCGCUCAGACAGGCGGAGCGCGGUUCUCCGCUAUACCUUCCCGUGCACCGGGCCUGUCUUACCGUUGCGGACCGCUACAUAGAGAGUGCAGCAUUGGCGCCGGCGCCGAUGCCUGAUUCUAUUACUUCCACCCGGCAGCUGUGGAAGGUGCUGUACCGACGGAUGCCUGGUAGUGUUGGCGGAUGUGUGUGGGAGCUGCCAGAGCCCCAUGACUACUUCGGUGGAGCCUUAUGCCGCAACGUCGAUUGGGAGGCUGGAGAUGAUCCGGCAGCGGCGAUGCUUCACGAACAGUGCCCGCUACAGAUCACUAACAUCACCGAAUUGGUGCUGGGUAACCUCAAGGCGCGGUCUGCAUACUCGACUGCAGUUGCAGAAGCUCCCGAAACGGACAUCAGUCCCUCGACAUUCCCGUGGCUGUGGGACCUCGACAUGGACUUGAUGAGAGAAAAGCGGAAGAGCGGGGACUGGGACUGGGAGGGACUUGCGCGUCAGCUCUCUCUCUCGGCCAUUUGCGAAUCAGGGGAUGCGCGUCUAGAUCUGCCGCUGCAGCUUCGCAACCGUUGUCGCAUUUGGCGGCUCUUGGAGAAAGCGCGCGUUGACGACAUAGCGAAAGAGGUAUUUCAGCGGCGCGCAGAACACUGGCACUGGCGGGCUUUCCUACCUUCGAACGGCCCCUGCCCCCCGCCAGCAGGCCGCGGGUCCUGCCCUCCAAGUUCCACCAACGACGGUCAUUAUGGCCCGCCAUCGGCCCAUACACGUCGCCCUCCUCCUCCGGAGCUCUCAUAGCCCCGCAUAGCAUCCGAGCUCAUGG